CUGUAAUGUACACAAUCAACCAGGUGCACCUCCACCCGGGCCUGGAAUGAAUACGUCUUCCUCUCCCAGGAACGUCUGCAUUCCCAAGAAAAGAGGGAGACCGGGCUGCUGGGUUCUAAGAUCCACUCUGAGCCUUUGACUCUGUGUGUGUGUGUGUGUGUGUGUGUGUGUGUAUCCAUUCUGGGCCUUUGACUGUGUGUGUGUGUGUGUGUAUGCACUCUGGGCCUCUGAGUGUGUGUGUCCACAGGCCGGGGCCACACCUGCUUCACCAUGCUGGGGCGCGCGGUGCUGUGCGUGCUGCCCGGGCUCCUGACUGGGCUCUUGCAGGGGCUCGUGCGCGCCCAGACCCUCGGCUGCCCAUCCACCUGUGAGUGUUUCUCCCGGGACGCCGUGCGCUGCUCUGGGGGUGACGUGUCCCGCAUCGCAGCACUGGGCCUGCCCACCAACCUCACGCACAUUCUACUCUUCGAAAUGAAGCUGGGCGCCUUGCAGAAGCACAGCUUCCGCGGAAUGACCGUGCUGCAGCGCCUCAUCCUGUCCGCCAGCCCCAUCUCCGCCAUCGCGCCGGGCACCUUCGACGACCUGGUGAACUUAAAAACCCUGAGGCUGUCUGGUGACCGGCUCACUCACCUUCCCGGGGGGCUGCUGGAUCACUUGGUCCUCCUCGAACAGCUGUUUCUGAACCGCAACGAACUGAAGGGCAUUGCGCCAAAGAUGUUCGAGAGGGUGGUUCACCUGCAGGAGCUCUUUCUAAACCAGAACCAGCUAUCUUUCCUGCCCCCUGACCUCUUCGCCAGCCUGGGGAAGCUGAAACGGCUGGAUUUAUCGGGAAAUAAUCUGACCUACCUGCCCAAGGAACUGUUCCAGGCACAGGCUGAACUGGAGAGACUCGAGCUGCACUCGAACCAGCUCGUCUCCCUUGACUCGGGGCUGUUCCGCCACGUGCACGCCCUGCGGGAGCUGCAGCUCCACAGCAAUCACCUCGGCUACGUUGCACCCGGGGCCUUCGACUCGCUCCUGCGCUUGAGCCUUUUGACUCUUUCCAGAAACCACCUGAAGUUCCUGCCUCCGGCACUCUUCCUGCACACGCACAACCUGACUCUCCUGACCCUGUUCCAGAACCCGUUCAGGAAGCUCCCGACUGUGCUGUUCGGGGAGAUGCCGGCCCUGCAGGAGUUGCGGCUGAACGACACCAACCUGAGCACCCUGCCGGCCUCCAUCUUCCGUAACCUGAGCGGCCUGCGGGAGCUGGCCGUGACAGCAAGCCCCCGCCUGAGCGCGCUCCCGGCCGAUGCCUUCGGGGGGCUGGGCCAGCUGCGCGCACUCGCGCUGCACGACAACUGCCUGAGCGCGCUCCCCGACCGGCUGCUGCGCGGCCUGGGCGCUCUGCGACGAGUGUGGCUGCACCGCAAUCAGCUGCGCAAGCUGCCCCGCGGGCUCUUCCGCAACCUGAGCCUUCUGGAGGAGGUCCGGCUUCACUACAACCAGCUGGAGACUCUGCCCGCAGACGUGUUCGGGGAUCUCUCCCAGUCUGCCCAGCUCCUGCUGGGGCACAACCCCUGGCGGUGCGACUGUGACCUGUGGCCGUUCCUAGCGUGGCUGCGCCAGCACCCGGGCCUGGUGGAUCGAACCGAAUCCCCGCGGUGCCACAGCCCCGGGCAACGAGCCGGCCUGCCGCUCUGGGCUGUGCCGGAGGGCGAGGAGGGAUGCUUGGGUACCCAGCACCCCACUUCCCACCCUCCAGCUAACAGCUCCCCCCUAUACCCCACCCAGCCGGCCCUGCUGGCAGCUAUCCUCCAACCGGGCUCCAAAGACUUAGAGUCCAUGGCCUGGACCCAGCGGGUCAGGAGCCCACAGUCAGACCAUAGUGUCUUCUGGGGGGUUUAUAUUCUGUUUUUAGCAACGCAGGCCAUCGUGACAGCGUUCAUCGUAGUUGCCAUGAUUAAACUCGCCCGGCUCUUUCGAAAAGUAAUCCGAGAGAGACUCUUGUUUGAGUCAGUGGGACAACCUUGCAAUUGAUCAAAACGUGACCUGCGCGCUGCGGGGCGUGACUCUGCGCGUAUCCACACUGCGGGUGGGGGGCCCUGCUCACUCCCAGCCACUGUCCCCCUCACUCUCUCCCCGCCCACCCUCACCACCACCACCACCACCACCACCCCAAGUAAUCUUUAUGUACAAUGUUGUGAAAGCCCCCUUUACCGCCUUUGUGCCUCUGGGGCGGGGACCUGUGCUGGGCUAUUUGUACUUGGAGGAGCGUUGGGACUCCAGUGCUACCUGAAGAGGGUGCAAAUGAAGCAGCCUCCUCCAGCGCAGCGCCUGUCUCGAGAUGAUGUGUCUGAAACAGCUUUGUGAAAUGAGUGAAUAAACUGAAUGUGGAAGUGAUGUUUCUUAUGGGAAAAGCAGAACUCUUCUGGCUUUUUGCCUUAUGUUAUUUAUUUAUUGUCAUCUUACAAAUCUCAUUCUGGCUGUUUGGGAGAGCUGUGGACUCCUGUCAGCACCUGUUUCAGAGGAGAGAUCCUUGG